AUUAGGUUUUCAUUGUAUGUAACGCACAACUCUUUCAUUUGGUUUUCAUUCUUUUACCGAGUUCUUGCGAAAUCCUCUUGGCUUCCAUAUUUCAUAACGUAUCAUUCAUAAACCCUUAUGCCUUUUCCCUCUCUCAACAAUAGUAGACGGUAUUCCCAAUCCAUUGAAAAAAGAAAAAAAAAACUGUCAUCCUUGCAUUAAUUGGAUCCUCUCUAUAUAAUGGCCGAUCCCAAUCGAGAUCAACAUCAGUUCCAAUCGAAUAUGUUUUAAUGUACAUUUUAACAUCUUCCAUAUAAACUCAAGGAAGCGAAUGUAUAUUAUAACAUCUUUCAAUUAAGCAGGAUGUUCCUGAACCAUGGAUGGCCAGAUGAAUCCUCCAGCUAGAGAUCACAACAUUUAUGGAUGAAAAGCAAGCAAAUUAUCAGUUCUAUCAUGGUGGAUGCAAAUCUUUUAUUCACAAUCAAUACUGGAAAAUACUCUUUGUGAUGCAGGGUACUUUACUUAAAUGGCUCAUUCCCUUCAUGGGUAUGUUUUAACCUUAGCGCCUAUUCCUGUGCUGGUCUCAAUGUUCAAAGAGGCGGAACUGGAGCGCAUGUUGUUAGUGAAGGCCGAAAUUGAGGUGCUUCGUGAACAUAGAUUAGCGAAAAGGGAUUCUAUGAGUGUCCAGUUUGCGGAACGUCAUGAAGUGCAUCAGGCGGCUCAGAUGUCCGGACACAUGCCAUAUGCCAUUCGGUAUGCUUUAGAUGACGCAGUCACAACUCGGUACGCUGCCGACUCGCUUCUCAUGGAGUCCUCACUAAUGACAACGACUAUAGACCAUGCCAUCGCUGAUUGUCGUUCGUAUACCUCUGAUCAAGUGACUUCGCGGCUCCCGGGGUACACUCUGUCUUUAGUGGCUGCCUCAGCGCUCGUAAACCUGCUGUAUCCCAAAGAUGAGCUCGCGCGUCUACUAGCAUUAAGAGCAGAGGUGGAGAUACUGAGGGUUCUCAGAAAAACUCGCUUAGACAAAGCUCGUAAGGAGUGUGAUGAACUUGAAGGCGCUCUUGCGCUCGCUUGUAAUGCAAGAGGCAAGGGCAAAGUUAUGCGGGACAUCCGCAGGUUGAUAAGCGAGGCUAACCAGGAACUAUCUCAAGCCACCAUUCAUUGUGACGAGGGGCGUUUAAUGGCGGAAGCCGUGGAUAUAAACAUUCCCCGUUGUCGCGGGCUGAUAGUCGGUUAAUGCUGCGUGUCGUUUUGUGGCGACUUAUUUUGAUAGCU